AUGGGAACGUUAGGCGCCGGAAUUGGCGGCCUUGCUUUGGCCAUUGGAUUGCACAACAAAGGUAUAUCCUUUACGCUGUAUGAGGAAGCGAAAGGAUAUUCGGCUGUAGGUGCUGGCAUCGGCUUCGCCCCCAACGGUCUACGGGCAAUAGACCUUAUUGAGCCCCGAUUUCGUCCCAGAUACGAGAAGAUUUGUAUCGGAAACAAGGGCGCCGAUGCCCAGAAUGUGUUUUUCGAGGGCUUGCUCCUAGAAGAGGGCCUUGGUCAAGAUCAACCAUGGUCCGGCAAUUUAAAGUCAGCCUGGGGCCAUCCUAACUUCGACCGGAAAUCGGCCCAUCGAAAGACACUUCUAGAUAUCAUGACCAGCUUUAUUCCCAUCGAAAAGGUCAAAUUCAGCAAACGGCUGACGAAAAUUGAGCAACAUCCCGACAAGGUGGUGCUCACAUUUGCAGAUGGUGAGUCUGCAGAGGCCAGCAUUCUAGCUGGCGCCGACGGCAUCAAAAGUACCGUGCGAUCCCACGUCCUCUCGCCGCUUCAUCCCGAACAAGUCGCUCCAGUGUACGCCGGCGCCUAUUGCUAUCGAGGUGUGAUACCAAUGUCGGAGGCGGAAGAGAUUCUCGGCGACCUCACCGACGUUGCAAAGUUCUACUUCGGUUACAAACGCAGUGCCGUUACUUAUCGCAUCACUGGCGGAGAGGAGUUCAACUUUCUGUUGUGCAAGGCGGACGACGACGGCUGGAAGUUGAAGGAUGCUGUGACCGAAAGGGUUUCACAUGAGGCCAUGAUGGCCGACUUCGAAGGCAAGGGCGUCGAUGAGCGCUUCCGGAGACUCCUCACCAAGUCUUCGCCCAUUAGAUGGGGGUUCUUCCAUCACUUGCACACCUCAACAUACUACCGCGGUCGCGUGGCUCUAUUAGGCGACAGUGCCCAUGCUUCCCUGCCAUUCCAGGCCGCUGGAGCCGCUCAAGGCUUGGAAGAUGCUUGGGUACUGUGCAGUGUCAUUGCGGAACUCGCCAAAUCUCCUAGGAGCGCUGCAAGCUUGGGACCAGAAAUCAGUGCCGCUCUUGCUGCUUACGAUUCGGUCCGACGACCGCGAGCACAAUUCCAGCUGGAGCAGGCUGCUGAAGUGGGCCGUAUGCUCUUCUUCCAGCACGAAGAAGCGGGCGCCAACAUGGACAAAAUCCUGCCCAAGCUACAACAAGGCCGUUUCAAUUGGCUGUGGUUCCACGAUAUCAACACAGAUGCGCAGAAAGCCGUGGCCCAGAUGAAAGAAGCAAAGCUUCGAGCUCAAAUCUGA